AUGUUUACGCUCGUUUAUCACCCCACCCUCUCCCCCACCCCAGCCAAUAGCAGCUCGAGCUACCUGCACAGCAACGUCAUCACACGUCUGAUGAGCUCUGGGCGGCGUGACGUCAUCCCCAUCAGACGCGAGGCACACUACAAGCCCGUGGUUGUUUCACUUAGCUUCAGCGUCAUCAACAUCGAGAAGGUCGACCUUGACCUAGGCAUCGUCCAGCUGAUGGUCUGGCAGACGGCCACGUGGCACGACCAAGUUCUGGCCUGGAGCAGGGUAGACGAGGAUUUUACACAGGUAUCGAUACCAGCUGACUACAUCUGGACCCCAGACAUCACUCUGUUGAACGGGGAGGCAGACGUCUUGUACCCAAACACCGCCGUCAUUUCCUACCGGGGAGCAGUUCGGUGGCUGACCAAACAACGCAUGCGCGUCACAUGUGACGUCUGGACUUCUAGCAACGGCACAACCUGUGACGUCAAUCUAAGCUCCUGGACCCACAGCACACAGGAGCUUAAACUUGAGCUGUCGAGCGACCCGGUGAACGACCUGAGCUACCUCGCUGGCUCGAGGUACGAGCUGCUUGUGGCGGCGGCUAGAAAAGAUGAGUACACCCUCCCAACAGGCACGUACGAAACUGUGCAGCUGUCGGUCACCUUCAGGAAAAAACUCUCAGUAGCAGCUAGUCAAUCAGCUCUGAUACAGUCCAGCCUGAUAGUCUUGGUUCCCUUCAUGUUAAUGGCUAGGUUUAAUGGCUAAGUUUUGGCGAUAUGUUAAUGGCUAGGUUAAACGGCUAAGUUUUGGCGAUAUGUUAAUGGCUAGGUUAAACGGCUAAGUUUUGGCGAUAUGUUAAUGGCUAGGUUAAAUGGCUAAGUUUU